UGCAGGCUCCUACUGUUGCUGUGCCAAUGCGCAAACAGUCUACGCCGUGGGAUAGGUCUCCCCAAAUUGAGGCUGCGCUCGAAACGAUCAUGCGAUUGAAUGACGAGCGCGUCAUGCUUGUCUUCCUCCUCUGUUCUUUGCGAUCAGUGGCUCUGUGUUCCGCAAUCCCCUGGGAUACUGUACCGCCCUCGAUGGCUCUGCUAUUGGCGUUUAUCUCACACUGAAUGGCUGCCUGGAGCAAGGGAAAGCGGGGAGAAAAGCGCGCUGCGUCCCCUCCUUUGAACCAAGGCUCUGCGUAAAACUUCCCAGCGAAGGGGACCCUUUGGUGGUGUGCGUAGGCGCACCAUGGCCCAGACCCUCCAGAUGGCGAUCCCAAACUUUGGCAACAAUGUUUUAGAGUGUCUGAAUGAGCAGCGUCUGCAGGGCCUCUACUGUGAUGUCUCUGUGGUUGUCAAGGGGCAUGCCUUCAAGGCUCAUCGAGCUGUGCUGGCUGCUAGCAGUUCGUAUUUCCGGGACCUUUUCAGCAACAGCAAUAGUGGAGGUGGUAGCAACAAUGAGACGAGCCCAACCGUCGUGGAGCUCCCACCGGCUGUGCAGCCACAGAGUUUCCAGCAGAUCUUGUCUUUCUGCUACACAGGCCGUCUCAGCAUGACAGUGGGGGACCAGUUUCUUCUUAUGUACACUGCUGGCUUCCUGCAGAUCCAACAGAUUAUGGAAAAAGGCACCGAAUUCUUCCUCAAGGUUUCCUCUCCCAGCUGUGACUCUCAGGGCCUUCACGUAGAAGAGGCCCCUCCAUCUGAGCCCCAGAGCCCUGUAACGCAGACCAGUAACAGUGCAGCCCGGCCCUCUUCCUGCCUGACACCACUACCUCUGGUAUCACGGGUCAAGACCGAACAGCCGGCCGGCCAGCCGGAAGCAUCCACUCCGUACUCUGUGGUCUGCACUCCUGUAGCCAAGCGGCUAUGGGGAGGGUGGGAGCUGAGAGAUGGAGGUGGGGUAGGCUCAGGGAGUGGGGGUGGGGCCAGGAAGGCAGCUCGUUAUUCCCAGGAUGCAGUGCGGGGCAGUGCUAUCCAGAGCCCAGGAGCCCUCGGACUGGCCAUGGGUAUAGGUAACACCGCAACCAGCUUGGCAGGAAUGGUGGCCACUGGUGGGCCGAGCGGCAACGGCAGCACCAACGGGAGCUCUGCGGCAGGUGUCGGCAUGUCAGAGGGUGCAAGCCCCGGCACCCUGAGCACCUACGCCAGUGACUCGCCCAUAAGCUACCACGAUGAUGAAGAGGAGGAAGAAGGGACAGAUGAAUGUGCUGAGGAGCAGUACAGGCAAAUCUGCAACAUGUAUACCAUGUACAGCAUGUUGAACAUGGGAGCUGCAGCUGGCGAGCGUGUUGAGGCGCUUCCAGACCACACAGAGACGCGUGGUCGGAUGCGAGGCCGUGAUCUUACAUGUCUACCUGCAGAGCUCAUCGCUCAAAUAGGCAACCGCUGCCAUCCCAAACUGUACGAGGAAGGAGACCCUGCUGAGAAAUUAGAGUUAGUCUCAGGUACUUCUGUGUAUAUAUCGCGGGCCCAGCUAAUGAACUGUCAUGUGAGCGCAGGGACCAGACACAAGGUGCUGCUGAGGAGGCUGCUGGCUGCCUUCUUUGACAGGAAUACUCUGGCCAACAGCUGUGGAACAGGCAUCCGCUCAUCCACCAAUGACCCGAGCCGCAAACCCCUGGACAACAGAGUGCUGCAUGCGGUCAAAUUUUAUUGCCAGAACUUUGCCACCAGCUUCAAAGAGAGUGAGAUGAAUGCCAUCGCAGCCGAUAUGUGCACCAACGCCCGCCGUGUGGUGCGUAAGAGCUGGAUCCCAAAGCUGAAGCUACUGAUGGCCGAGAGCGACGCCUACACCGCUUUCCUUCCCGACGGUGUCAAGACGGAGGAAGACACCCUGGGGGCGGAUCCAGCAUUUGACCCUGCCUCUCUGGAGGCCGGUGCUGGCAUGGAGUCUGGCGGCUCCUCGGGUGAAUCGCUACCAGGUGUGGGCGGGGAUGGAGGACCAUUAUUUUGAACGUUGUGUUGGGGAAGGUCGGAAUUUGGUGACACGCAUACCAGUAUUCCCCAGUUGCGCUUGCCUCCUCGCUGUUCGGCCCACGCUGAUCUCUCACAUCUGACUUUCUGUACUACACUGCUAGGGUCAACAGCGUCUGUUGCCCUGAUGUAACCAGGACGUGAAACUUACAUUUUUGCUUUAUGACUGUAAAAUGGAGCUAGUUGAGGAAAGGGAGAGAGUAAGAGGGUGUUUAGUUUCCUCCUAACGGCCCUCUGCCUCCCCUUGUCUUUUUAAGGUGUGUAAGUGCAUAUUAAAUACAUUCCCUGGAUUGCGGGUGGUGGGGUGAGUUACAAGUGGAGUUUGAGGGGGAAGGGGUGGCUGGAUGGAAGAGCUGGGAGUAGAGGUGACGAGUAUUGAAUGUAAGUGUCAGUGGCAUUUUUCUCUAUGCAAGCCUGACAACUUAUUCCAGCCUCAGAAGUGGAACAAAAUUCAGAGUAGAUACUUGGAUAAAAUGAAUCAACACUACCUGUUCUUCCUCACCUUGCAUCUUCCACUCAUCACCCUGCAAGUAUCUUUCACCCCACCUAACUUUUCUUGAGACCAGAGAAAAUCUAUCUCACUUAAAUGUUUCACUGUGCAGAGUCGUAUAUAAAUAUACAGUAUAUCUCAUCUUUUCUCUGUUUUCUAAAUUUUCUAGCAUGUUUCUGUCUAUGAACUACAAAGUCAUCCAGAGAGAAGGGGAAGGUUUUUUAUUGAGAUGAUUGUAAAGAAAAUUAAUGGGCAACAGGUAAUCAAAGAUGGUCAUAUUUUUAGAAGAUCUAUAUUUAUACAAGAGCCCAUGCCUGGCAUGGUGUGAGCAAAGAAAGUGAGAGGGAUUGUUUUAGAAUCUCGAUCUUCAUGUUUUAUUUGAAAGAGAUCUUGUCAUAUUAGGAAAAGUGCUAUUUUUGCAGAAAAAAGGAGUAUAUUAAAGCAGUGUUAUCAUAGGACCCUUAGUCAUUUAUUUUUAUUUUAUGGUACAGAGUGAUGAAAUGAGCAGUUGAACUGCGACGUUUGAGACAUUUCAUCCUUGGUUCACUAGCUUAAAGGAAUAAUGAGACUGAUUCAGCUGGCUUGACUGUUGUUGAAGAUAAUUAUUUCUUGUUAGGUCGGAAACUGCAACGUUUGCCUCCUUAGAUAAAACAUUUGCCGACAGUAUUGUGCAAAUGCAAACAUUACGGGAGAUAUUUAUGGAAUAUUGGAAUGUGCCUUUUAAUCGAAUCAAUAAUCAGAAGCCAGGUGGCUGCAGAGAUGUCCAGGACGAAGCAAUAUAGCUUGAAACAAAUAAGUUUUAUGGUACUAUCUAUGUGUGUGUAACCUGGCUCUAUGGUUAAAGAGGAAAGCGUGUAUUGUUCGGCUGUAUGUUUUUGGUGCGUAGUUUAUUGAUGUAUCUAAUGCAUUUCCAUGUUGGGGUACCACCUGUUGAAUAUGGGAAUUCUAAAAUGGCCGACGGAUUUCUCUUGGAGUUUGACAUGAUUUUGCACCUUUCAUCAGUAGUAGCGUGAAGGUUUCAGCACCUUAUUGAGAAGAACCAGUGGUUCAUGCACCUUUUGAGAUGUGUAGCAAUCAAACCCCUCUUGGUUGAAAUGAUCUUUUUUAUGUCUGCCUGUGUUUCUUAUUUAGAAGUGGCACAAAUUCAUUUUGUAAAUAACCAAGACGACUGUUGAGUUAAACCCCAAGUGUUCUUUCUUUCCUGUUGCAGUAUGUCUCUGAUUAUGAAACAGUUUUAUGUGCAGCUUUAUGUUUGCUAGACCCUUUUUGAAUGCAUGCUUUGUUUUUUUUCUGUUGCAGGUAGAUAAAGAUGAACGUACUGUGCUUCUGUAAUAAGAAAGUGUAGGAAAACCUGAAUGACUGACAACAUCCUCCUUGUAAACAGAUUUUACAGAUAGACUUUAUUGAAAGGUUGUAUUUUUCUGAGGGCAGAGGGAAUAUAUGCUACUUAUUCAAGUCAGUUGAGUCAAUCUUAUUGAACAAUGAACUCAGAGCAUGUUACAUAUUACUGAUUGCAAUGAUAAAGCCUAGUACAGACAGAACAAAACACAUUACCUUGUGAGUAUUCAGUAAGGGUAACAACAACAAAACCUCAGUAAGCUUUGCAUUUGACUGUAGAUGCCACAUGAGCACUCCUCCCCCACUUACCUCUCCAGUAUCUUUGAAGACUGUUGUGCUUCCUGUCCUUCCUGCAGCUGGUGUCAUAUGUCACUUCCACAAGUGUCAUGUGUUUCUCAAAAACGCAAAGCAGCAGUAGAUUUUAAGUGAUUCCAUUUGAAAUUAUUAUAACAUCUCUUAAGUUUUCACAGUGGCUUUAUGCGUAUUUCUGAACCGACAGUAUCUCCAAAAUCUGCAUUUUAACACAACUCACAUUACAUGUUAGUCUUUUAUUUUUUUACAUGACACUUGGAAAUAAGACAGUUGUUACCAGGUGUGUUUAAACCAUCAUAUUUUUAAUGAAACAAAAACUCCAAGAAAACAGGCUCUAUGUUUUUACAGUAAUUUGAUUAAAGGACCAAGUGGCAUGCCAAUAACAAUGACCUCUUAAUUUAUUACAGGUAGUUUUGGACAUCCAACCUAAAUGACAUGAAUAGAAUGGGAAAUGACCAUAUCUAAUUUGUUAUAUUGACCCACAGUGCACUGCUAACCCGGGUACAGUACCCUACUGCUGUGCCUCGAGGUCAAGCGUGGAAACUGUGUUAUCAUCCAAAUAAUCCGAAAUAAUGAGUGGUUACAGUAUGUGUCAGGGGUUAAAAUAUCAAGGCCAAUGUUAUAUAAUAGAAAUCAAAGAUAUAAGUUUUGUAAUUUUUACUUUUAACCAUCAUUUAGCAUGUGUGUUUACACUUCACAAAUCAUGUAGACCUACACACUUGAAUGGAUAAGGUGUGGCACGGCUUGGGAAACCUUUUUUCACUAAACAGUACAUAUAUAAAUAUGAUUAUAUACAUGUAUAGAUAAAUACUGUAUAUUAUAUAUAGAUGCACACAUAGAGGUCAGAUUGUUUGUUGUGCACUUGCAGCAUGAGGUAUAUAUUUACCCAGAAACAGCGCUUCUUCACAACCUGUGCAGUACUUGUUCUGCCCACGUCUUUGCCCCUGCUCCUCGCCCUCUGUAACCCUGUAGCACCAGUGAACCUCCUGUUCUGCUCAUCCUAUUCUUUCUGUGUUCCAAGUGCCAAUAACUUCGUGAAAGCCCUGUAACUGUGACCCAACAUUAUCAAAGGUAAUUGCACAUUAACAACUGUAAAAUAAAUAAAUACAAAUCAUAGAGAAAAUGUCAAAAUUGACUAAAUAAUGAAUAUCUUAAUAAAAGAUUUGUAACAAUUUC